AAGAGAAACCAAACCCAGGCAGGAAAAGUAGAUGCCUGUCAGGAGUUGGGCUGACCGGCUUACCCCUGGGCCCUGGAGUUCGGAAGGGAAGAGAUCAUUCCCAGUCAGCGAUACUCGACAGAAGUUAUUUUAACCUGCCUGCUUCCUCCACCACCCCCACUUUAAUUUCCACCGGUGAGGAGGCAUUUCCUCGGUGUGGCUCAGCUCUGAGGCUGGGGAUUCAGGUGGAGAAUGACAUCAUUGCUGGUGGGCUGACCUGGUAGGUGGGCACUUCAGAGGCAUCCGGUGGCCAACUGGAUCUGAGUCACGCACGUAGAGGGUCGCCCCUCUAGUCAGGGCCCUGCGAAUUUCUGUGACACAACUGUUGACAAAGAGCCACCAGGCACCUCAAAAAUAACACCACCUCCUAUGUUCUGAACACACACUUGACCCUGUCAGUUGAGUACUGUGGCUCCCGCUUUACAGACGAGGACACCCGAAGCCUUAGGGGGUUGUGUGGCUAUAGGAGGCAGUGGAACCAGGGUCUGAUCUGCGUUUGUUUUGCGCACCCAGAGCUCAUACACAUGAUGGGAUUUCCAGGACACCAGGGUUCACGCCUGGGAGUGGUUUCAGAGGCCCUGCAGGCCAGUGCUCUGCAACAGUGCUUAUCAAAAAGGAUGGUGAAGAUCCUUCCUUAGGCAGGGGUCGAGUCCAUCCAAUUCCAAAUUGAUGGGCAGUUUGGGAGUUAACCAACACCCAUCCUGUUUAUAUCUUUCCUUCCUAGGUUCCCUCUGUGCCUCUACAGCCCAAUGAUUUAGUUUCCUAUUUUAUUUCUGCCUAUACAGUUCUCAGAAUACCCCCCCUCCCCAUCCCCAGCGUACAGCUCAUCAUCCCCACCGUCUCUGUGUUUAGCCAAGGCACACCCUCCUACAUAGCAAACUUCUGGUGUCCUAAAGGAACCUGCUUCGACUACACAUCAGGAGGCCAGAGCCUCUAUAUUUUGCUUGUGGGUACAGUGAAAAGUUUAUUUUAUGCAUGUUAAAUCCUGCAUACAAAACAACAUAUCUGGUCAUAUGGCUUGCAUUAGCUCCCAAUUUUGCACAUUUUAUUCCACUUGUCAUGAGUACCCCGGCUUAUGCUUCAGUUGUACUCCUUCAAACAGCCCUUCCCCACUAUUCUUGUCUGAAGAUUCCUUCCAACUGUGUUAUUUCUCGGCCUUGCUAGCAACCUUCCCACCCAACAAAAACCCUAACCGACAUAACCCCCGUUUCAAAGAAUGUUCAUUCCUUUUCACUAAUCUCACGUUGUAUUUGUAACAAUUUAGAAAUCGUAGGGCUUGAAGUCCUGAUAAAGAAGAAUGGGGUGUGAUUCUUCCUUCUUUUUUUUUUUUUUUUUUUUUGCUAGUUGGGAAGGAUAUUUGUAAAGUUCAUUAGCAGAGAAUGGCUGUUUUCAAAGUUCUUGGUGACAAAUGAUUUAUGAAGCAGGCAUUCAAUGUCAAGAUGUAAAAUAAUAGUGGAAGUCAGGGGAGGGGGGACCAUCAUCAUAUAGGUAUACAUAUUUUCCCUUUUUUUUUCCUCAAUGAAGUCUCUUACUUUCAUAAGUAAAAUCAGAAUCAUUCUAAAGAGCACUGCAGAUUUUCUUCCCUGUAAGAAACAAUCAAAGACUUUGUAAAUAGAGGCAACUUCAUGAAGUAACAGAUGUUUUAUGUGAAGACAUAAAACCCGAGCCUGAAUAUAAUGAGAAGUGUGUGCUUGAGUAGUAAAAGUUGGAAGUUGGACACUCAGUGAGAUAUAGCUGUUCAGUUCCAGUGUUUUUCUAAAAGGUAGUCUAGUCAGUCAGAGGUUUGACUGGCUCAGUGAUCACCAAGUUGUGUCCCAGCAGCCAAGAAAGGCUUUCCAUCAGAUAAUGAAUUAUGAAAUAUGUCUCACAGUGGAAAAACCAGUCAUCUGCUGAUGUCAUGCUGAUUCUAACCAAUCCCAAACAAAGCCCCAGCCCUCCUCUGUUUGAGUGGUACCAAUGUGUGAGUGUGCAAAUGAGUAGCACAGUAUAAAACUUGAGAGUGCCAAUACCAUGAAGAGGAACUCCUCACACAGCUCUUUCCACACGAUACAGGAGUCUGCCGGUGAAAGACAGAGGACCGGAAAGAGAAUUUGCUGAAGAGGAGGAGGGGGAAAAAAAGAAAGAAAAAAAGAAAAGAAAAGAAAAGAAAGAAAGAACGAAAGAAAGAAAGGGGGAAAAAAAACCAAACCCAAACCUGUGCGUGAGUGGGGGUAGGAAAAGCAGGGCCUUUUAAAAAGGCAAUCACAACAACUUUUGCUGCCAGGAUGCCCUUGCUUUGGCUGCGAGGAUUUCUGUUGGCGAGUUGCUGGAUUAUAGUGAGGAGUUCCCCCACCCCGGGAUCCGAGGGGCCCGGCGCAGCCCCCGACUGCCCGUCCUGCGCGCUGGCCACCCUGCCAAAGGAUGUACCCAACUCUCAGCCGGAGAUGGUGGAGGCCGUCAAGAAACACAUUUUAAACAUGCUGCACUUGAAGAAGAGACCCGAAGUCACCCAGCCGGUGCCCAAGGCGGCGCUUCUGAACGCGAUCAGGAAGCUCCAUGUGGGCAAAGUGGGGGAGAACGGGUACGUGGAGAUAGAGGAUGACAUCGGCAGGAGGGCAGAAAUGAAUGAACUCAUGGAGCAGACCUCGGAGAUCAUCACGUUCGCGGAGUCAGGCACAGCCAGGAAAACACUGCACUUUGAGAUUUCCAAAGAAGGCAGUGACCUGUCGGUGGUGGAACGCGCAGAAGUCUGGCUCUUCCUCAAAGUCCCCAAGGCCAACAGGACCAGGACCAAAGUCACCAUCCAGCUCUUGCAGAAACAACCCCAGGGCGGCGUGGACGCAGGGGAGGAGGCAGAGGAAAUGGGCUUGAUGGAGGAGAGAAACGAGGUGUUGAUAUCGGAAAAGGUGGUGGAUGCCCGGAAGAGCACGUGGCACAUCUUCCCCGUCUCCAGCAGCAUCCAGCGGUUGCUGGACCAGGGCAAGAGCUCCCUGGACGUUCGGAUUGCCUGUGAGCAGUGCCACGAGACGGGCGCCAGCCUGGUGCUCCUGGGCAAGAAGAAGAAGAAGGAGGAGGAGGGCGAAGGGAAGAAGAAGGACGGAGGAGACGGAGGGGCAGGGGCAGACGAGGACAAGGAGCAGUCCCACAGACCUUUCCUCAUGCUGCAGGCCCGCCAGUCUGAAGACCACCCUCAUCGGCGGCGGAGGCGGGGCUUGGAGUGUGACGGCAAGGUCAACAUCUGCUGUAAGAAACAGUUCUUUGUUAGUUUCAAGGACAUUGGCUGGAAUGACUGGAUCAUCGCUCCCUCCGGCUAUCACGCCAACUACUGCGAGGGUGAGUGCCCGAGCCACAUAGCAGGCACAUCUGGGUCCUCGCUCUCCUUUCACUCGACCGUCAUCAACCACUACCGCAUGCGGGGCCACAGCCCCUUCGCCAACCUCAAGUCGUGCUGUGUGCCCACCAAGCUGAGACCCAUGUCCAUGCUGUACUAUGAUGAUGGGCAGAACAUCAUCAAAAAGGACAUUCAGAACAUGAUAGUGGAGGAGUGUGGGUGCUCAUAGAGCGCCCAGCCCAGGGGGGACGGGAGCCAGAGUUGUCCAGAGAAGACAGUGGCAACAUGAAGAAGUGUUUAAGGUUUCGGAGUUAAACGAGGAGAAAAAAUAUAUAUAGAGAAAUUUAAAAAAAAUAAACUAAAAACAAAACCUGAAACAGAUGAAGGAAGAUGUGGAAAAAUUCCUUAGCCAGGGCUCAGAGAUGAAGCAGUGAACAAGAUGGGAGUUGGGAGGGAAAGGGAGAAAGGCGUGCCCUUCGUUUCUUCCGGUAUCUAUCAAAGUGAUGACAUCCGUUGCUUACACGGGAGUAUCAUCCCCUCCUUUUCAGUCCCCCUUCAGUGUGAGCCUCGAAGUCAACUUGUCUGGUCUGCAGGAAUGUGGGCUAGCACAACCCAAAUAGCAUCUAGAAAGCCAUGAGUUUGAAAGAGCCAGUUACAGGCACUUUCCCAUCCAGUUACCCAGGUUGUAAGGUAUGUCUGUGUGACCCUCUCUCUGUGUAUAUCAGCCCGUGCACACACAGACACACACACCACAGACACACACACACACACACACACACACACACACACACAGACGCGUUUCCACACAGCCCAUGCACACACACGUACCGGUAAGAGAACUAUAGUGUGCAGGUGGUACACUUCCUUUUCUGCACCAGUUUUGCAACAAAGCAAAACAGAACAAAAACCAACCUAAAAAAAAAAAAAAUUGAGAGCAAGAAUGGGAAGAGAGAAAAAUCAAGGAACAAAGAAUACCAAGUCACAUUUCGUUAAGGUGCUUAUGAUCUUAGAACUAUGCAACCUAAUAGGUUUGAAACUGUUUACCUGAGAGAGAACAAAAAGAGAGACUUUUUUGUAUUGGAAGUAACCUGAUUAAUUUUUAUUUUCUUCAAGGAGAGAUACUUGAAAGGAAUAUGUUUGUCCAUCUGUUGGAUCCAAACAUUUCUAUAUUUUGUAAAUGUUGUUUUUUUUUUAUCGUUUACUAUUUGCACUACAAUGGUGUUUGACCUGUCUAAUCCCUUAUUUAACAAGUAUUUUCUGUGGGUGGGGGUGGGGGGGUUAAGAGCUGCACUUAAUGUGAGCUAUAAAAGAACUGCUACAGCACACAAAAUAGCUAUUUUUAUUAUUAUAAUUAUAAUUAUUAUUAUUAUUUUGUACCUUAAAAAAUAGACACAUACACCAAAGACAUUUGUGUGAGCCUUUAAACAGUCUGUCUGUGGUUGGUAUCAUUCACCAUCAGUGAGUCAGGGGUUGGGAUUCAAGGUGGAGUAGGGUGGAUCGUGUUCAGGCUUCGGAGACCUGAGAAGUUUGGGUUUUGACUCCUUUGACAUCCAUUAAGCAGGACAUUUCAUACUGGACGUACAGUAGUUGUACACUGUUGGAUGUCAAGUUCAAUCGGAUUCACAGAACACUACAUGCUUGUAUGUGUAUAUAUACAUUGCUUGUGCAUAUGCGUACCUGUGUGUAUAUAUACAUGUAUUGCAUCAUGCCCAUAUACACAUUUUAAGGACUUCAGGCUGUCAUUUUUUAAAUGUUCUUAAAGCAAUGAAUGUUUGUGUGCAAAACACAGUAUUUUUAAGAAGGAUAGGCUAUAGUUUUGCUUUUACUCUGAAUUAGGUGGGCACGUUUCAAAAAGUUGGGUGGGAAGAAGCCUGGAAAUGCCAGCGAAUAUUCAGCAAGACCCUCUUUCCAUGUGCAGGGACUGAGUUCCCUCUUCUCUCUUGUCCCCCACCUCCACCCCACCAGGGAAAACAGGAAACUCAUGUUCUUCAAGGUUCUAGGCUGAUCUGAAGUUGUUUUUUUUUGUUUGUUUGUUUUUUUGGUAACUUAUAUUUAUUAUCUAUUGGAAUCAAUCUUAAAUCAGAAAGCUUUUUCAGAAAGAAAAAAUUAAUCUUUAGGCCUUUGGUUACUUUUUUUUUUUUUUUUUUUCGGUGAUUAAGUCCUGCUUGUGAGAAAUUUUACUUGCUGGGCUAGAUAAUGUUGUUGUCACUAGUAAAAAGAUAAAUAACUUGGGGGGGGAGGUCUUAAGAGUUUGAGAGUAAGAAAGAGAACUGCAGGGGUGACAGCAGUGGUAAAAAUCCCUAAUAUUUUAUUUAAUUUACAGCCAAAACUCUUGAUACAUAAGUUUGUAUGUAUUGACUCAGAUGCAAAAAAAGAAAAAAAAACACUUUGUUUUAUAAAUAUCAAAGUACAUGCUUAAAGCUAAAUUUCUACUAAUUUAUUCCACAGUAUUUAGCUUGCCUAGGAUAGCUCAUAAGUUAUUCAUUUAUAUGCUUUUAAAAAUACAGAGCCUUAUUUUUACUGACUUGUUUGAAGUUUGCAAAAAUUGAAAAAAAUACUAAUAAUUUGGAAAAAAAAUUGCAUUCAUUAGCAUUUUGUAAAAUACUGAACCUUUCAGCCCUAUGUCCAUUCAUAGAUUAAAAAAAAAUAAUUGUAGGAAAACAAAAUAGUGAGAAACCAAACAUUACAAAAGGUGGUUUCGCUCUUCUUGAGAUAAAUACUAAAUCGGUAUACUAUGUAACACUAGGCUGUAUGUAGGCAAAUUAUUUUAAUGUUAUUACUGGGCAAAUAUACUUACUACAUCUUGAGGUCCAUCCUUUCUUAGGCAGAAAUAUAACAUGUACUACAUGGGAGUGGACCCUAAGUGCAAGAGGGAGAGCAUGCAAAAUUGGUCCUUGCUUCCUCACUCUUAACCACUGACGAGGAAAUCGUGCAGGUGGGGAAGGUGCGCAUGGUGAGGAAAGCUUCAAGGAGAGGGGGAUGGCAGUGUUCAACUUUACAAACUGCCAUGAAAAACUUAGAGGGUGUUUUGAACUGCGUCUUAACUGUUACUGGAACUAAUAGCGGAACCCAUGAAAAUAAGCGUGGGGAACCAAGUCCUAGUUCCCUGUGUGCUAGCAGAGAUGGCCAGGGCAAUGGGAAAAACAAGAUGUUCGAAAGACAGUUGCUACCUGUUUGUGGCUCCCAUUCAUCUCAAGUGCAUGCCCCAUCUUUGUAAGCCCUUUAAAAGAGUGCUUGACCUGUUGGGGGUAAGAUGGAGUUUGACUAGUGGCCACAGUAAUUAGAAGCAGAGCAAAGUGAAAUUCCAUACGACAAUAUUUUCAUGGGAUGAUUUAAUUGAAACUAAAUGAUUGAGUUAUCAAAUACCUAUAAACUUUAACUUUAUUUCAUUAAAUUUAUAUGGCCUUGAAAUAGAAUGAUAAGUUAUUGCUAUCUUCAAUAACCUUGGAAGAUAUGCGGGCUUGUGAAUAACCCCACUUUUCAUGUAGCAGCAUGAGGCCAAAAGAAAAAACUUUAAAAUUCUACCAUAUUGGGCUCUUCAGAGUAUGUUUUCCUUAAAACAGGGUGGCUCUGGCUGAUCUUAGCAUCUCUCUACUCUUCCCUGGGGCUGAUCUCUAGGCUCUUAAAAAUCUAUACAUACCAGUCUUAAAAGCUCUAAAAAGCAUUCGUCCCCAAGUAUCUUUUAAGAAUGAUAUAUAUUUUGUAGUUUGGACUCUUCUUUCUCCCUGUUUUCCUUUUUUCCUCCCUUCCUUCCUUCCUUCCUUCCUUCCUUCCUUCCUUCCUUCCUUCCUUCCUUCC